CUUGUGCCGCGCGGUGACCUGCACGGGCCACAGGAGCCGGAGGGUGGACGCCGGGACGACCUGGAUCCCGAGAAAUGGACUCAGUGGCCUUUGAGGACGUGGCUGUGAACUUCACUCGGGAGGAGUGGGCUUUGCUGGAUUAUUCCCAGAAGAAACUGUACAAAGAUGUGAUGUGGGAAACCAUCUGCAACCUGGCCUCCGUAGGGAAAAAAUGGAAAGACCAAAACAGUGAAGCUCAGUAUAAAAAUCACAGGAGAACUCCAAGACAUUGUAUGUUAGAAAGACUCUGUGAAAAGGAACAGGCCCAUGGAGAAACCUUCAGCCCGAUUUCAGAUCACAUUUUGAAGGAGAAAAAUCCUGCUGUAAACCUACAUGAAAGCAGUAUGUGCGAAGAAGUGUUUACUGCUCCCUUAUAUUUCAAUAGGCACCUCAUAGCUCACACCGGACAGAAGCCACAUGGGAAUCAGGAACACGGAGAGAAGCCAUAUAAAUGUAAGGAGUGCGGGAAAGGUUUUAGUUAUCGGAAAUCCUUUCUAAAUCAUGAAAGGAAUCACAUUGGAAGAGAACCUUACAUAUGUUGGGAAGCCUUUGAUUAUCCCAGUUUAUUUCGUAGAUACGAAAGUAGUAACAUGGGAGACAAAUCCUACGAAGGUGACGAAUGUGAGAAAUUGUUAACUUUUCUCACAAGUGUUCAACGCAGCAUGACAAGGCGCACUCUAGACGGGCCUUACUCGUGUAAGGUAUGUGGGAAGGCCUUUCAGUUCCCCAGUUUGUUGAAAAUCCAUGAAAGAACUCACACGGGUGAGAAGCCCUAUGAAUGUAAGAAAUGUGGGAAGUCUUUCAGUCGCUCUGGUUCCUUUCACAUUCACGAGAGAACUCACACUGGAGUGAAACCCUAUCUGUGUAAACAAUGUGGCAAAGCGUUUGAUUAUCCCAGUUACCUCCGAGACCACGAAAGGACUCACAGUGGGGAGAACCCUUAUGAAUGUAAGGAAUGUGAGAAAGCUUUCAUUUCUCUCGCGAACCUUCGAAGACACAUGAUCAGGCACACUGGAGACGGGCCUUACAGGUGUAAUGUGUGCGGGAAAGCCUUCGAAUUCCCUAGUGCACUGCAAGUCCACGAAAGAACUCACACUGGCAUAAAACCCUUCGAGUGUGAGAAAUGUGGGAAAGCCUUUAGUCAGUCCAGUUACUUGCACAUACAUGCACGAACCCACACUGCAGAGAAAUUACACCAGUGUAAGAAAUGUGGCAAAUACUUCAGUCUGUCCAGUUAUUUACAAAAACACGAAAAGACUCACAAUCGAGAAAAACCCUAUGAGUGUAAGAAAUGUGGGAAAGCCUUCCGUCUUCCCAGUUACUUACACAAACAUGAAAGAACUCACGCUGGCAAGAAAUCCUACCAGUGCGAGUAUUGUGGAAAAGUGUUCAGUUAUGCCAGUUUGUUUCAUAUACACAAGAGAACUCACACUGGCGAGAAACCCUAUGCGUGUCAGAAAUGCGGGAAAGCCUUCAGUCAGUCCAGUUACUUCCACAUCCACGAGAGAAUCCACACGGGUGAGAAACCCUAUGCAUGUAAGAAAUGUGGGAAAGCCUUCAGUUACCCCAGUUCCUUUCACCUACAUAAGAGAACUCACACUGGAGAGAGACCCUAUGAAUGUCAGAAGUGUGGGAAAGCCUUCAUUCUGUCCAGUUACUUACAGAAACAUGAAAGAACUCACGCCGGAGAGAAACCUUAGUGUGCGCAGUGCGGGGACCUCUUAAGUCCAGUUACUUUGGCAUGUAUGAAAGAUGAGAAAUUCUGUAAAUGUAAGAAGUACAGGGAAGCCUUUAGUCCUUCCAGUGUUGUCACAUAUGUGAGUGGGACACACACUGGAGAAAAAACCCAGUGACUGGCGGGAAUUUAGAAAAGCCUUCUAUUCUCAAAGUCCCUCUCACACAUAAUACCCUCACAGUUACUCUCCGAUGCAUAAGAGAACACGUGUUGUACUGGAGGGAGAUCGUGUGAUUGUGAGGAAUGUGUGAAAGCACUCAGUUAUAUUAGUAACUAACACAAUAGGACUCACAGUGGAGGAACGCCCAUGGCGAUACAUGGGAGUCUAGUCGUCCUAGUGACUUACAAAAACGUGAAAGAACCUGUACUGUAUGGAAACCCUGUUAAUGCAAGGGAUGCCGGGAAGCAUUUUGUUAUCCCGGGUCCCUUAAAAGACAUGCUAGAUCUCACACUGGAGAAAAACCUUACUGAUAAAGAAGAAAGUGGUAAACCCUUCAUUUUCUACAGUUCCUUUGGAUUCCUACUGGGAAAAAAAAAAAAUACAAAUGUGAGGGAGAGCCCUCAUUUGUUUCAGUUCUUUUUCAAAAGAGGAAACAGCUCAUAAUAGAAGGAAACCAUCAGGAGAGAUUAUAGGAAACUUACCUCCUAACAGUUACUGGGCUGUGUAGGAGAUUGCCUGGUGCGGGGAACACCCGGACACGUAGAGUAUGCAGAAGCACUUAGUCUUCCCGUAGAAAAUGCUAAGGACCACCCAGCGGACAGCCGUCUUUACAAUAAAGCAAUGCAGAAGUCAGCCCACACGGAAGAUUGAAACACCACAGAUGUGAAAAAUAAAAGAAAGUCUGCGGCUUUAACACAUACUUUUGAAGCCCUAUGUGAAAUGCCAAUGUAGAGAGGGCCUAUCAAUGCAAGUAAUAGGAAAAGCCUGGUGCAAGUAAAUUUGGGUAUACUAGCUCUAGAAAAGACGAACCUGAAGAAACAGAAUUUAUAAAUAUAUUGUUCUUACAAGUAGCUCUUAAAAUAGGUUUCUACACAGUGGAUGCCUAUAUUUUUAACGUACAUUGAGGUGACCUAAUUUUAAUCUUGUAAGUAAUGUUUAAUAGUGUGCACAUUUAAUAGGUUGGCUUUUUUAUUUAUUUAUUUUUCUUACCCUUGAGUCUUGUUUCUAAAUUUUUUCUCAUUCCGUCUUUCAUUUUCAUUUUUUUUUUUAAAACUUUGGUCAUUUUCUGCGAGACGGGCGUCUUUGUCAGGAUCCUGUCCUGUCGUGACUCCCUCCUCCCUCAAUCGCUUGCACCUCCCUUCCAGGCAGGCGAGAUCAUGGGUGUGCAUGCUCCUUUUUCGGGUUGACCUG